GCGGUUGCAAAAUAAGCCAUUUGUGUACCUUUGUCUCUGUUUAACUUUUCAUUUCAUUGCGAUAUAUUAAUCUAGUUUAGAACGAUGGGAGAUGAUUGUGAACUUUUAUUUUUUGAUACAUUUUCUCAUGACACUAGUGAAGAGCUUAAUUUGGAUUUAGUACAGUUUCCCCGACCUGUCUAUAUAUUUGAAAUUAGAAUUAUCCCACUUGGUGCUCGAGUGCAAGCAGAUUUUCCGGGUGGCCAUAGAUUAGGAGCCACGAAUCCAUCAUCAUUUCAACUUGAGUUUUUUGUGAAUGAUUUAAGCAAAAGAAGUGCAUCGACAUUUGAAAAGUUGGGAAGUAUGGAAUAUAAACAAAAUAUAGACAUUCAGUUUCCUGUUUCGAAUAAAAUUCCCACAGAUGGAUUAGUUUUGCGAGGAUGGUAUAAUGCUGUAACAUUGGCAGUAUAUGGUGUCUUGACAAAAACAACUACAAAAGAAAGAUCCUCACCACCUCCUCCACCACCUCCCCCUCUUCAGACAAAUUCUAGGCCUCAAGCACAAGAUAUAUGCUCAUCAAAAGAUUUUGAAUCUCCUGUUGGUGAUUCUUCAAUAUCAGAGUGGGAGCGUCAAUCAAGAAUUUCUGAUGUUCCUCCUGAACCUCCACCACCACCAGUCAGAGCUCAUCCUCCAGUGGUAGAAGCUCCUCGAUUUGUUGAAGUUCCACAGAUAAUUCAUCAGCAAGCUGAACAGCAUGUUGGAUAUGCUUCUGAAAUGCCUCCAAAUGUUAUUGGAACUUUUUCAGAGCCACCACCUCCAAUAGUCUAUUCAGAAUGUGUAUCUGUUCCAGUUCCUCAAGUAUCUGCUCCUCCAGCACCAUAUACGCAAUAUGAAACACAUUAUCCCAAGUCCUGGCCUCCUCCAGAGGAACAAUAUCAACCUCAGAAUGAGCCAUAUGAUCAUCAAAUAUAUAAUAGACCACCAGAUAAUAUAUACCAACCUCCUCCAGACAAUAGCAGAGCUAUGUGGGAAACAAAAGAUCAUCAUGGACCAUCAGAUGUGAGUGGACAUGAACAUGAUAGCUAUGUUAGGCCUGCUUUGCUUGAACAUCCUUCCAUUCACAGAGAAAAAGAUAUUAUUUCCAAAGAUAGGAAUAGGGAUAGGCCUUGGGAAAGAGAUAUGCAUGAUUACAAAGAAGAAGAAAACCGUAUUCGAGAUCAUGAUUCUAAAAGGAAGGAAAGAGGUCGUAGAUCUCGGGAAGCUAGUUGGGAACGUUCUUCUGUUGAUUCAGAUAGAUAUAGAGACAGAGAACGUGAUCGUGAACGUAUUCGAGAUUCGUGUAGCCGAGAUAGAGAACGUGACAGGGACAGAAAUCGUGAUAGAAAUUUUCUGGAGAGAAAUAAUCGUAAAGAUAUUCGUGAGGUUAAAAGACCUACGACUCCACCUUCUCCCAGAAAAAUGCGACCUCAUACACCUCAAACACCACCUGAUGUAGAUAAGGUCAGUUCUGGGCCACGCACACCUAAGGAAGAUGAGCCAGUUGAAAUGUAUGAUGAUAGGAGAGAAGAAGAAAUGCAUCACAACUUUUUUGAACCUAUAUCAAGAGAACAUGUUCCAGGUGAACAUAUGUAUAAUCUGUCUGAAGGUGAAAUUCAGGAUGGCGAAAAUACUGAAGAAGAUGAUGGGUAUGAAGAAAUAGUUAGUGAAGAAGAAGACAUGUCAGACGUUGAUGACAGAGUAAUGGAUAUGAAUGAAAUGGAAUAUGAUCUGGGAGAUGAAACUUGGAACUUCAUGUCUAGUUUCUCACCAUAUAACUGUGAAUUGGCAAUGUUUCAGCAUUUUUCGGAUCCUACGUUGUUUGCUUUUGAAGUAGCAGACAUAAAAAACAAAAAAGAAAAUGAUGGAACUGUUAUAGAAGAAAAGGUACAAGAAGCAGAAAAAAUUGUAGAUUCUUUAGAGCAAGUAAAUGAGCAGCGCACUGAGAGGUGGGUAGAAACUUUGGAAGUAGUUAAUGAAAUUAUGUUGUCAAAGUUACUAGCUGUCAAGUCUGAAGAGAAAUUCAAAAGAACUCUUGAUACUCUAAUUAACUGGGCUGUUGAUGGUCUGGAUUUUGAGUUAGCAUUAAAACAACCUCAAACUGCUUACAAAGUUCGCCAUUUGAAAGCUGGAAUUCGUCUAGCUACCUUAUUGUUUCAAACUAAUGCAGAAAUUAUCACUAAAUUGCUGGAUAAGGAAGUGCCCAAAUUGUUAAUUGAGUUGUUCAAACAACCCUAUAUGGUUCUGCCUUUGAAACUCCUCAUUUUACGUAGUUUAGAUGUUGUGAUAAGCACUCAGUAUGGUUUGAAUUACAUUGUUAAUAAAAAACUAAUGAUAUCUGCACCCAAAACCUUUGAAUUCAACAAAAAUCCUGAAGCUGAGAUUUCAAAUGAUACUGACAGUUUAAAGAAUGUUCCAAAAACUUGCUAUCAGAAACUUCUGGAAAUUCUUGUUGCCAAACAGCAGCUUACUCGAGCUGUUGUGUCUCUUUCUGCAUUGUUAAACAAAGUUCAUGUAUAUGAAAUUCUCCUGGAACUCUCAGAUUGUGUAGAAAAAGUUGUACAAAGCACCCAUGUGUCAGAGUCUAAAAGUGUGCCUUCUGAUUCACCCGAUGUAGCUGAACCAAGAGCAACUUCAGUAGAAUCAGAAGGAGAAGUUGUAGAUAGUAUUACCAAUUCUGCAGAGAAUUUGGUGCAAAUUAUACUCUCUUGCCUUCAAGAAGUUACAUAUUAUUAUCAAACUGCAUGGAAAAAUGUGGCUCAGCCCAAAAGAUACUUACCUGCCAGGAGCCAAUUUGAAUUUCCAAAACCUCCAUAUAAUCCUUAUCCUGGACUCCUAAGAAUAUUUAAAGAAAACAAACUGUUAGAGAACAUAUUUGUUCUUCUGUCAUCUCCAGCUUUAUCAGGUCAUCCUGCAAUUCUUACUGCUCUAAAAGAUCUGUUUACCGAAUUUCUUUCCUCCCAGGAAGGAAUGCUGUUUCUUCUAUCUGUUCCAGAUGUUGUGAAUGGCAUUCAGAGGGCAUUACUUCAAACAGUGGACGAAACACGUGAAGAUGCUACUGAAGAAAAUUUAGCUCAGAAUUUGGGGAUGCAGAUCAUUUACCAUCUACAGGCUCUUUUUUAUGUUGACAGCUUGAUGUCUUAUCAUGCUAGAGGUGGUUUGCAGAAAGAGCCAGAUGAACCUGAAACUGUUUCAGCCCUUCAUCAUUUAUACACAAUGAUAUUUUCUCCAAUCGGCCGACCUGCAGUUGUAAAUGUAUUAAAAACUGCCGAAAACUUGAAUUGUUUAUUACCCUUUGUACAAAUGACAGGAGAUGAAGGAAUUGAUAUAAAGCAGAGCAAAUCUGUUUGCACUGGAUAUGUUGCAGAACUGCUUAUGCUUGUUGUGCAUUAUUCUGAAGAUAUUCCUACGUUAGAAAAAUUUUCUGAUGCUCUCUUUAAUUUGAGUCAGCAAGAACUAACUCCAAAGUUGCAUGAUUUGGGUUUGUGGAUGUCUCCGACACGUUCUAUUCCCGGAUAUACUCAUGAAGCUGUAGGCUCCUUGAUGACAAUUCUGAAGGCUCACAUUGAAGAUGCUGAUAUAUUACCACCUGAAUUAAUAACUGCCCUAAGAGUACUUCAGUACUUGACUCUUCCAGCUGGUUCUUCAAAGCUACAUGAUGGGGAGAAUGGAGAACUCAAGUAUAUGUAUGCUAUUAUUCAAGUGUUUGCUAACGAUGGCAUGGAGUGUUUUAGAGGCAUACUUCAGAAUAUUUGUGACACAUUUUUAAAACCAUCUCAUCAGUCUCCAGCAUUAGUCGGCUUACAAGGUGUCCUAGUAACUGCUAUAAUAAAGCCAUCUAUUUUUAUACUGAAAGCUAUAUUAGCAUAUCUUAUUUCAAGCAGAGGCACUGAGUUCAAAGACCUCACAGCUGUCCCAGUUUUGCUGAAAGUCUAUUCCCUAAUGCUUCUUAUCCCACCAUCUUCAUUUUCAUAUCAGCUUGCUCAGACGGUUCAAGCUGAAGUUAUUGAAGCACUUUUGACAUAUACGCAACCAUUUUUGGGAACAAUAGAAUCUGAAGAAGCUUUCAGCAAAAGCCUUUGGACUGAAAUGGUUCAGGAAAUACUCAAGUACAUAAAGCUGUCACCAAGUAAUUUUGUCACAGGUUUAACUGUACUGUCUGAAUUAUUGCCUUUGCCUUUACCUCUACAAACUAGAGAGGUAAGUAAAACUGUAAAGCAUGCAGGGAUGAUUGUGGUGCAGAUAUAGCUGGAAUUCUAUACUUUUUAUUUUCUCAAAUUCGGAACUAGUAAAUCUGUAAAAUCAAUAUCUUUUUCAAAUUUUUCUUUAGAACAAGUAUAGCAUUCAAUGACUAUAUAAAUUUAAAACUUGUAGAUUAUAUAAAAUUCAGUGAGAGGUUAAACGCCUUGUCUAAGCAAACUAAGUUUUUCUUAAAAUUUGUCUUUGCUAUAACAGAAAAAAUUGACAUUGUAAAGUUUUGGUCUGAAGUAGUGAGACUAAAAGAACAACUGAUAAUAACUAAACUGCAAUUUAAGUACCUGCUUUAACCUACUUUGUGCACCCAUUGCACUCAAAGUUGUAUUUGGGCUUUUAUUAUGUUGGGG